CAACACCUAUCAACCUUUCAGUUACGAAUCGUAAAUGGUAUAAUAUUUCUCGCGACCCAAAUGCCCGAUCUGAAUGGUUAAUUUAUAAAUAUGGUAGAGCUCAUGCUUUAUUUCACGCAGUGAGGCUGGGCAAUAGUUACAUGACAGAAAAUGUCUUACUAGCUUUACUCUCGAAAAGUGCGAUACUCUCCAGAUAUUUUAUACAACGGUUAUUAAUGCAUUUCG